CUCCAGCCGAGCUAAUGCUCCAUGAGGCUCGACUCCUUUUACAGAAUCCCACCGAGCUAAGGCGUCGCUUGGUGAAAUUAGCUUACGGUUUUGACGCUUCUCCAAGGUGUGAGGCCGCCCUCGUGGCUGCCUGGGCCAUAUCCGCUGCCAGGAUGCCAAUCAUCACCCUGUUCCACCACUGGCGCCGACAUAAUAAGUACUACUGGCCGUCCCUCCUUGUGCGUCUGGUGUCUUUUCCAGCUCGACAACCACUCCAUCCCAAACUUCGAUUGAUUUUUCAAUCAUCCACUCUUUUUGAGCUCGUUCUGAUUUCCAAGGUCGUUGACCUUAGCCACUCGUUUCCUCGAACAAACACUCUAAUCCAACGAAGAUGCAAUACCUGUCCUACGCCCUGCCGCUGGCUGCUUUGGUCAGCGGCUCCUUCGCCAACCCUCUCGAGCGUCGAGGAGGAUGUCAAGAGAAUGCCUGCUUGGCUGCUGUCACUGGCAAGGCUGCUCUUGGUGACGACCACCUCCGAGGUGCCCACUGUGCCAGCUUCUUGGCCACCACCGUGACUCCGCCUGCCGUCACCGUCACCGAGACCGUUACCGACUCCAGCUGGGCCGACUGGAAGGCCAAGCGUGGCGUCAGUGUGACUGUCUGCCCCAACGAGGUGCCCAACUACGCCAGCGCUUGCGACAACGCUGCCUACACCAGCGCCUGCUCUUGCUUCGGCUUCACCGAGAUCAAGACGACCACCGUUGCCCCAACCACCACCACCAAGACCGUCUAUGUUGCUCCCACCGGCGGUGCCGCUCCUACUGGAGGUUCUUGCGCUCCCACCACCGUCACCAAGACUCUCGCCUCUGGCACCACUUGUCCUGCCGGCGCAACCACCACCGUCACUGUUACCGGGGGAUCGUGGGGCUCAAGCACCUCCGCUGUUGCCACGACCACCACCACCGUCUCUUCGACCCCUUCGGCUUGCAUCGUCACUGAUUCUCUUGCCAGUGGCAUUGUUGCCAACUUCUCGCUGCUCCUCGAGUACACUUCGUAUGCUGGCCAGUCCAACCCACCCAUCCCAGCUGGUCGUGGCUACAAGCAGGAUGUUUCGGACGCUACUCUCGCCUCUGACUUCAGCGACAUCUCUGACUCGAUCAACUUCAUGGCUGGAUUCUCUCUCGGCUCCGUGACUUUCCCCACCAAGCAAGCCUUCGACUACGGCCAGGGUGUUCUCCAACCCGAAGUCAGCGUCUCUACCCUGAACGUCUGGCACGACUGCAACAGCAUCACCUGGAGAUGGAGAUUGACCGCCAACCCACAAGCAUACCCAGUCAACGGCAUCAACUACAUGAUCAUUGACGCGGAUGGCAAGAUCAAGAAGAACUACGCCGAAUUCGACAACGGUGCUUGGCUCCAAUCCUUCGGCCAACAGUGCGCCACCAAGAACGUUACCGUCACCAGCCCUGCUGCCACCAAGCGAUGGAACGUUGACAACACCCUACUCCGCGCCCGUGGCUUCCAGGGAUAAUUGAUCUCUCUCGAGCAAACACACGAGGGAGAGGGUAAUUAGGAAAGGGUACUUGAUUGGACCUGGACUCGUUACUCCUUUUGCAUGCAGCAUCUCGGAACAUUACUAGCGUAGGCAAGGAAUAUGGGGGACCAGGAUUUAUCUUUUCGUUUCAUGUAUCACCAAUAAAGUUCUUUUUUCUGGAGGACCUCAAGAAAAAGUAAUGAUCGGAUGAAGUGCACGCGCGCAGCAAAGUCUUGUGUGUUCAUCCGACAACGCGAUGUCGGACGCGGACUUUUUUUAAUGAAUGUCACGGCAUGAAAACAAACUCAUGUACCUUUUUUUGAGUGGAACCUUUGGAAAUUUUCCAUCAGCAACCGUCUGAAAGCUUCACUUGUGUAGUCUCUUUGGAAAGUGUGAACGUUUGGCUCGCCUGAAACAAAAUUGGUCCGACAUGAGAAAGAUCUAGACCUUCAGAAGACCUGUCAGUCCAUUUUCAAUCAAUUCUCCGAGUCUCCAAGGUUGGUUGACCUUUUGU